AUGAUGACUGGAUUCCGGCUCAAUUUUACGCCCUUGAAGGAACCUCUGGGCUUUGUCAAAGUUGUGGAAUGGCUCACAGCCAUCUUUGCCUUUGGAAGCGUUGGUGGUUUCUCUGGAGCCAAUAUCGUCACUCUCUUAUGUGGAGAUGGGAGGAACGAGACGCUCACUGCUAACUUCCAUUACCCCUUUAGGCUGGCCCAGUUCCCCUUGGUCUCCUCCAACACCAGUAUUUGUAACCGCUCCGUGUCCAUCACAUAUCUAGUUGGGGAUGCAGCCUCAGCCUCAGAGUUCUUCGUUGGGACCGGUGUUGUGUGUUUCCUGUACAGUAUGGCUGCUCUGCUGGUCUAUUUGGGAUACAUGCACGUCUACAAGAACUCCGACUUUGGACCCAUUUUUGACUUCUUGGUGACCGCUGCUGUGGUCAUCCUGUGGUUGGUUUGCUCUUCUGCCUGGGCCAAAGGUCUGCAGAACGUAAAGGACGCCACAAACUCCCGUGGCAUCAACAACACUUUAGCUCUGUGCAGAGGGAACAACGUGACGUGCUCAGUCACCGACUUCGGCAACCUCAGGGGCCUCAACUUCUCUGUGGUAUUUGGAUUCUUGAACAUGUUUGUGUGGGCUGACCGUGCAGACCGUGCAGACCUGUCAACACUCCGGAAAAAGCCGAGCUUCUCCGACGCUUUACGAAAACGACGUCAGCUACAUAUCUCGUUCUUUCGCUUUCGUGCGAGGAGAGAGAGAACGCGCACAGCAAAGCAACAAGAACGAAGAGCAAUGGCGACACUGGCUCGCCAAAUACCCAGUCCGGAGACAUUCCUGUGCCAGCCUUGGUCUUCUUUCAUCAGUGCAGCUCAAUUACAUGUUGUUGACAAUUCAUCUGUGGACGUCGCAGAUACCGAAUCCUGUCAAAGUGAAACUGUGAAGAUCCGUAAAGAAGAUAUGCUCGUCUCUAGCCGGUUUCUAGCACUGGAGGAUUUGUCUCUUGUUGUCUGCCAUGUCUGCAAUCAGGUGGUCACUCCGCAGGGCUUCCUCAAACACUAUGAAAAGCGCCAUGGCUCCCCGCUUCCAUGUCGAAGUCCACUCAUUCCGAUGAAGCCCAAAAUCCCAGCUGUGGCCACGACAGUGAAGCCCAUGCCGGGGGACACUAUGGCCUUCAGGGUGCCCAAAGACUACCCACACUCGCGCUUCACCAAGGCCCCACUGGCUGUCUACCCCCCGAAGGGAUCACGCAGCAAAUCAUGCAGUGUGUCUCUUCCGGUGGUCAGUCUGGAGAAAAUACCUUGUCUCAGUCGGACCAACUCAAUGUCCCACAUGCGGCUCAGCUCCUCCUCAUCAGUCCACAAAGCCUCUUUUCUCACGCCUCCUUCCUCUCAGCGCUCUUCUGAAAAGCUCCUCAAUGGCAGGGGUAGUAGUGGGCCGGCAACCCCACACUCCAGCACCUCCCCGUCCUCCCUGGAUGGCCGUCAUACUCCAGCGCGUUCUCCUCUGGACAGACUGCCCCCCUCCACUCCCUCUCCCUCUCAGCCUGACCGCAAACCCUCACCAGUGCCUUCCCCUUCGCAAAGAUGUAGCGCUUUACCCUCAUCUUCACCUUUAACACUGGAAAAGAAACACAAAAAUGGAACCAAAACAUCAGCAGCCAGGCCGCACAAAAGGCUGUCAGGAAGAGUGUUCGAUCCAGAUAAGCACUGUGGAGUCCCAGAUCCGGAGACGAAGCGAUCCUGCACACGCUCUCUGACCUGCAAGUCUCAUUCCUUAACUCAACGCCGGGCUGUCCAAGGAAGAACAACCAAUUUUGACAUUCUCUUAGCGGAACACAAGAGCCGCGCAAAGGAGAAGGAUGGGCCGAAAGAAAAGGAAAAGGAGAAAGAUGCAACACAUGAGCGAAACGAUUUAAGCCAGAGUACCACGUCACAGCAGAGCUCCAGCAAGCCUCAUUGCCCCAAUGGAAGACCACUGUCCAUCUUGAAACUGCGGCUGGCCAAUGCUCAUAUACCCAGGGCUCCAGGCUCCACUGCCUCCACAGCCUCUGCAUCUGCGGCCAUUCUUCCCUCAGCCCCAAACCCAGAGCCGCCUCCUUCAGCUGCAGAUGUAGGACGACUCUCCAGUGACGAAGGAGACGCAGAACCACCAGAGGAGGCAGACCGAGCAGCCAUUCACUUCUCCAAGCACCAUCCACAACCACUGGGGUUGUGCAUAUUCAACAGUCGACUAAUGGGACGGGGCCACUAUGUGUUUGACCGGCGAUGGGACAGGAUGAGGCUGGCUUUACAGAACACCGUGGAAAAACAUCUUAACUCACAGAUGUGGAGGAAAGUGCCACUUGCAGCGGAAAGCCCCCAAACGCCCUCUUUUUCUUCUUCCUCCUCCUUGUCCCAGCAGCCUGACCUUGCAUCCCCGCUCUCCGGCAGCUCUCCUGUCUCCACACCUCCAUCAAACUCCUAUAUCGCCACCUUCCCCCAGACUACAGGGGUGUUCAAUAUUCGGGACAUCCCCCUUUCGUACACACAAACUGCACAGGGCAAAGCAUGCAACGGCAUGCACAAAGUAAACCGUCAAUCCAAAGUGACGGCAGACUCUCUGGUGGGAUCCAAGAAGAGGAAAAAUUCCUCUUUCCACUCUCCUUCUCCCUUGUUUCCAGUGGUUGAUAAUCCACAAAGGAAUGGUGACACUCAUCAUCCCAAGUUACAAGGUGCAGGGGCAGCUGUUUCCCUACCUGAUCGCAGAAAGAAAUUUGGGGGUGGGAGCAGAGAGCUGUCGAGUGGACCAGAGAGCUGGAUGUCUCGAGCCGAAAGAAGUCACCACUCAAUAAAAAGUGGUGAGGCUGGCAUCAGUGCGCCCUACACCUCUAAGGUUACAGCUGCUGCCCCGUACCAGCUCCUGCCCUCCUCAUCAGUCCCAUCGACCCACGGAGGAAAAGCAGAAAGUCGAAAGAGGAGCAGCCCGAACUCUUACAGAGGGAAAGCCAGCAAACAGAUCCACCUGGGAGAAGCCGAGAGCCUGUUUGGAAAAGGGAAUGACUGCGGUGGGAUUCCAACUUUGAGACCAGAGACUGCCAGACAGGUCAAGAUCACUGACAGCAACUAG